AGUACUAGGUCUUGGGUAGGGAUCUCCCAAAUGAGGUAUGCAUGUUUUCUCAGUUGAGCUUAACCUUUGUCAUACAUAGAAGUACUCGACCUUUGAUAUAAGCAUUGAUAUCUGAACUUAGGUGUUUUAGAUUUUUGAGAACUAUAUUUCUUAAAAGUUGUACAAAAAUAAUUUUUGGAAAAUUGAAGCUAUAAGUAGGUACUAGUUUCCCGAAAAAGAAAAAAAGAAUCCACCGUGAUGGGGCUAAUUUGAAUUUGUCGGAAAAUGAAGGGCAGUCAUUGUAAUUACUCUUUCUCACAAGGACCAAUGAGCAGUUUCUACAAAUUUGAGGGGCAGAACCUGAUAUUUUCGUUAAACUUCAUCGGAACGUUUAAAGAGGUUUCUGGAACCUGGGCUCGCGGGAAAGCCCGUUCCAGUAACAACAAAUUGGAGAGUUCAAAAAAUGGAAGCUGAAGCAGCAUUAGAGUUAGUGAAGCAUGGCGCUACCUUGCUACUUCUUGAUGUUCCUCAGAAUACCCUCAUCGGUAUUGAUACCCAGAUGUUUUUCUCCGGGCCUAAUUUCAAAGGUGUGAAGAUGAUUCCUCCUGGCGUUCAUUUCAUCUAUUACAGUUCAUCCAACAGAGAAGGGAAUGAGUUCUCACCAAUAGUUGGUUUUUUCGUUGAGGCUAGCCCUUCAGAGGUCAUUGUUAAGAAAUGGGAUUCAAAGGAUGAGCGAUUUGUCAAAUUAUCCGAAGAAGAGGGAGAGAGAUAUGCUCAAGCGGUGAAAAAAUUGGAGUUUGACAGACAACUUGGCCCUUAUGCAUUGGAUCAGUACGGAGAUUGGAAGCGCUUAUCUAACUUUAUUACGAAGAGUACCAUUGGAAGAAUUGAACCUGUUGGAGGAGAAAUUACAAUUAUUUCUGAAUCUGAAAUGGUUGGGAAUGUUCAUAAGACGGCCAUGGAGAAAGUCUUGGCUGAGCAGUUAAAGAGUAGCAAGUUCUCGAAGCCUGAUAAGAAGUCUCCAAGUAACAGUUGUUAUUACACCUCAAUUCCUCGUGUUAUAAAGCUAAAGGGAGUUUCAGGACAAGAUCUUACUAACAUGAAUCUGGACAAGACACACAUAUUGGAGACAAUUCUGACGAAGCAAUAUGGUGGUUCAGAAGAUUCACUUCUGGGAGAACUACAAUUUGCCUUUGUAGCGUUUCUGAUGGGACAGUCACUUGAAGCAUUUCUGCAAUGGAAGCUUUUAGUCAGCCUAUUACUUGGCUGUACAGAAGCUCCUCUCCACACAAGGACUCAGCUAUUCACCAAGCAGGUAAAGGCUGAGCAUUUGAGGCCUGGUGGUGAAUUUCAGGGAUUACCCAUUCCGGAGUGGAAGUGGGACCGCAUUACUAUGGAUUUUGUGGCUGGUCUACCGAGGACUUCUAGAGGAUUUGAUAGUAUUUGGGUCAUCGUUGAUCGAUUGACCAAGUCAGCACAUUUCCUUUUCGUUCAAUCUUCAUUUAGUGCCGAGAGGUUGGCUCGUAUCUACAUUCGGGAGGUGGUUCGACUUCAUGGGGUGCCAGUUUCUAUUAUAUCAGAUCGGGGUUCUCAGUUCACGUCUAGCUUUUGGAGGACCUUUCAGGAUGAGUUGGGCACCCAGGUUGACCUGAGCACAGCUUUCCACCCGCAGACUGAUGGUCAGUCAGAGCGCACUAUUCAGGUCCUUGAGGACAUGCUACGGGCUUGUGUUUUGGAGUUUGGUGGUCAAUGGGACCAGUUCUUGCCUUUGGCGGAAUUUGCAUAUAACAACAGCUACAAUUCUAGCAUUCAGAUGGCCCCGUUUGAGGCCUUGUAUGGUAGGCGUUGUCGCACUCCAGUGGGCUGGUUCGAGUCUACAGAGCCUAGGCCGCGAGGUACAGAUUUGAUUCAGGAGGCUUUGGAGCAGGUGAGAGUGAUUCAGGAUAGACUCAGGACAGCUCAGAGUAGGCACCAGAGUUAUGCGAAUCGGAGGCAUCGACCUUUGAGAUCUUCUGUUGGUGAUCGAGUAUUUCUCCGUGUGUCUCCCAUGAAGGGUGUGAUGAGAUUUGGGAGACGGGGUAAGCUUAGCCCCAGGUAUAUUGGGCCUUUUGAGAUACUUCGGACAGUUGGGGAGGUUACUUAUGAGUUGGCCCUACCUCCAGCAUUUUCAGCCAUCCAUCCAGUUUUUCAUGUCUCGAUGCUACGCCGAUAUAUUCCUGAUGAGUCCCAUGUGCUCCAGUAUGAUGCAAUUGAGUUGGAUGAUCAUUUGACAUUUGUAGAAGAGCCAGUUGCCAUCCUAGCCAGAGAUGUGAGGAAAUUGCGCUCGAGAGCCAUUCCUAUUGUUAAGGUCCGUUGGAGGCAUCGUUCAGUCGAGGAGGCUACCUGGGAGACCGAGCAGGAGAUGCGAGAGCAGUUUCCCGGCUUGUUUGAGCCUUCAGGUCCGAGCACCAGUAGUCAGCGUUGAUCGAGUUUGGAGCAUUUCUAGUCUGGAGACAGAGUUCAUCAAAGCAAUAUAUUAUCAGUUGAAAAUUGGAUUUCAAAAGGAUAGCAAGGAUACUAGCAGGGCA